CUGCGACUGAAGCAUGCGCAGUACUGAAAUCGGAGAUGGAAGAAGGCGGACCGGUUAAGAUCACAAAGGAGUAUUAGAAGGAUUUGCAGUUUGGAAAGUCAAACCAAUAUCACAUCAAAAUCAGCCAGAGUCACUUGAUUCAUCAGGACCUGAAUAUUAGCAUCCUUUGAACAUGGAAGCAAAAAGCACCGUUCACACCAGGGAGAAACCCUGGAAAUGUGGGGACUGUGGGAAGGGAUUCAGGUCCCCGUCUGAUCUGGAAACUCAUCGACGCAAUCACACCGGGGAGAGGCCAUUUAUCUGCUCUGUUUGUGGGAAGGGAUUCAUUCAGUUAGUCUGCCUUCAGAGACACCAGCGACUUCACACUGGGGAGAGGCCAUUCACCUGCUCCGUGUGUGGAAAAGGAUUCACUCUUUCAUCCCACCUGCUGAAACACCAGCAAGUCCACGCUGAAAAGAGAGAGUUUAAAUGCCCUGACUGUGAAAAGAGCUUUAAAAACCCACAUGGACUGAGGGAGCACCAGCGCAUUCACACCGGGUAUGCACCGUUCAGCUGCUCACAGUGUGGGAAGAGGUUCAGGACAUCGCCCCACCUUCUGACACAUCAACGGGUUCACACUGAUGAGAGACCUUUUAAAUGUCCCGACUGUGGAAAGUGCUUCAAAGGUUCUGGGGAUCUGCAAUAUCAUCAACGUAUUCACACUGAUGAGAGACCGUUCAGGUGCUCUCACUGUGCGACUGGGUUCAGACGAUCAUCUGAACUUACUGUACAUGAACGAGUUCACACUGGGGAAAGGCCAUUCACCUGCUCCAAAUGUGGGAAGGGAUUCACCCAGUCAUCCAACCUGCUGACACACCAGCUAGUUCACACUGGGGAGAGGCCCUUCACCUGCUCUGAAUGUGGAAAGGGAUUCACACGACCAUCCCACUUGCUCACACACCAGCGAGUUCACACCGGGGAGAGGCCAUUCACCUGUUCCGUGUGUGGGAAGGGAUUUAAUCGAUCAUCCAACCUGCUGAGACACCAGCGAGUUCACACUGGGGAGAGACCCUUCACCUGUCCCGUGUGUGGGAAGGGAUUUACUCAUUCAUCCAACCUGCUAACUCACCAGCGAGUUCACACUGGGGAGAGGCCCUUCACCUGCUCCGUGUGUGGGAAGAGAUUUAAUCGAUCAUCUAACCUGCUGAUGCACCAGCGAAUUCACACGUGACUGCACUGUUCAAAUUCUGCUGCUGUUAAUCAGAUUCAGGAGUGAACCUUGUUAAUUAUUAUAUUGGGUAAGUGUUGUUGCUAACCACAGUAUCCGGGCUGGAGUUGACAGAAUUGCAAAGUGCCUUUCACAAUCUCAGGACAUCUCUGUGCACAGUAAACCUCCACAACAGCAAUGUGAUCAUGACUAGGGAUGACCUGUUUUUAGUCAGAUUGGUUGAGGGUGAAAUAUUGCCCUCACCAUGGAGUGCGCCCCUGCUCUCCUUAAAAAUAGCAGCCAUGGAUGGGAUCUUUCACAUCCACCUGAGAGAGCAGAUAGGACCCUCAGUUUAACAUCCUCAUAUCUCCUUAUGUGGCUCAGUGUCAUCGCUCCUGUGAAGUCCCUUGGGAUGUUUCUUACUGCGUGAAAGGAGCUUUAUAAAUGUGAGAUGAAUGUGACAUCACAGACAGAGAUGUGCUGGGUAAAACUGAACCAUGCGCUGCCUGCAGCUGAGAGCUGAACACACAGGAACCGUCAACAACAACUGGAAUGCUGCAGUUUUUAUAAUACCAUAUAAAGAAUAUAAGGAACAGCAAAGAAUGACUAAAAGAUUAAUAAAGAGGGAGAAAUUAGACUGCAAGAGAAAGCUAGC